AUGGAUAUUAGCUGCCCUAUCGUGGGCCUCCGUGACGGUGCUAUCUCUCGCCUCGAUCUUCUCCCCCCGUACGGAAUGGACGAAGACUUCAACUUUAACUCGGUUCUCGGGUUUCAUGGGCGGUCGUCGAUGUAUAGUGAUGGUGAUGCACUACAGGCAUGGUUGCAGAGCGUUCACCUUGAUACCUACGGAGAUGAAUUCUUGUACGCCUCAUCGAAAAAGCCCUACAGCCACCCCUACUCCUACCCUUCUGGUGCACCUUCCGACGACGAACUCGAUAAAUCCGAAACAGAUAGCGACAUCUCGGAGAUCUUCCGCAAUGCCACCUGGCUCACCACCUCGCCUCUCGGCCUGGUCAACCCCGGCACAGACGAAUCCAUCUCCUCGUUCUCGGACUCCAGCUCGGAGGCGCAAUACAUCUCCAUCCCAUACGGUAGCCCCUGGUACCGCGCGCCUGUUUCCCUUGCCCCCUCACUCUCCGUCCCGUCUUCAGCCCCUCCCGAGGAUCUGACGAGCAGGGACUUCAACUCGUGCUCGCCGGCCGUGCAGCAGCUCAUCACCCAGCAGGAGUACCUCCUGCGCGUGUUCCACGACGAGCUCCGGCGCACGGUGCCGAGCGGUGGCGGAUACGACACGGACUGGCUCGACGACGUCGACCCCGAGGUACUGAUAGCGCCGACCGAGACGUUCGAGGAUCUGUGCUGGGAGAUGUCCUCGCGAGAGUCGUCACCUGAGCUGCUCAGGGACCAUCUCGUCGAUAUUCCGAGGGAGCGUCGUAGCCUUGACUCAAUUUAG